AAAGCAAAAUAAAGGGUCCAUUUUGAAAGCAUCGGUGGAAUAUAUGAAGGAACUCAUGAAGGACAAGCACACUUUGAAAAAGUUGGAGGAAAACCAAAAGGCCAUGAAUUUAAAACAUCAGAAACUGCUCAUCAAAAUUUUUCAACUGGAAUUAAAAUUGAAAUUAUAUGGCCUAUCGGAGGAUUUGGAACAUUCCAGGGUCAAAAAGAAAAAGAAGCCACAGAAACGUAUAUCUGAAAUAAACACUAUGGUAGAAGACCUUGUCAAACAAGGCAUGCCAGAAGUACUCGAACAGACUCCAAAUAUUUCAAUACCCCCUUGCAAGAAGACCAAGAACGAAGGUUGGCUGAGCAAUGACGACCAAAAGGUCAUUCCAUCAGUAAAGAUAGGUUUACGACAACACCUCAGCAAGAGAAUGCCUACAGGAGGGCAAAACUGUCAACAAAAUAAUGACAUGUUUUAUGUUAAAUCCACUAAUGCUCAGCAUUUACAAAAACAGAAAAAAGAAGAAAUCUCCGCUCCAUCUCAUUCUUUUGACAGAAGCACAGGUAGAGCUGAUGAACUUCAUGACUCCGUGUCAUUUGAGUAUAUACUAAAGAAGGACAGUGUCACCAAUUCCGGUGGAAAUGAUGAGGAAGAUAUCCUGGAAUUGUCAACAGAACAAUGCGGCAUUUUGCUUGAUCUGUUCGAAAACAACGCGAGCGGAAAAGCACCUGAAUUGAAUACGGAUUGUUUGUCUAAUCCAGACAAUGCUCCGGCUAGGGAAGAGUGCAUAUCGCCAUUAACUUCAACGUGCAACAUGUUGGAAAGUUUGCUGAGAAAGCAAGAUGUGAUACCCGAAUGUAGCUCCAAAUCUAGUGGUCUGGAGGAUUCCACCGAGAGCAUGACGGGACUGCGUUAGAAAACAGAGAAUAAGUUAACUGAUUUCAUUACUAUACCGGAGGUUACAUGUUAACCGUCUAUGCAUUAUGUAGAAACCAAAGAUAUAGUAUUUAUAGGAUAUUUAAGCUUUAGUCUGUGUAUAAUCACUUACUGCCAUGUUUUACUGGUGAUUUGAUCGGACAAACAUUAAUUGUGUUCUUUAAACGGACAUUUAAACAUGUCCUCCGGAAAGUAAAAAAUCCUCAAACUAACCAAGUUGUCAGUUUGCAACAUAGUCUACGACUUUCUAACUAUUACAAUAGUCAAUGUACAUAUCAAUAUUGGCUUUGUUUUGAACUGCUUUACUGAUUGUUGUGUUGCUUUUUAAAACCGUAAUCGGGGGUGUUUCGGGGGUAUAUAUACUGACACGCAAAAGAAACGCAACAAGUAGUAAUCUACAAAUGUUUGAUAAUUUUUAUCUGAUGAUUAUCAAAAGCGAAUAAAGUAAGGCUAAACUCACUUUUCUGAACACCAGAGAUUUGAUAAAAAUGUUAAAUGUUUAUGUGUUUACUUUACUAAGUAAAAUAUGACUGUUAAAACACCCCCCUCCCAGCCAUUCAAGUAAAACGUGCAAGACUGCCCUAAACAACAAUUGCAGCUUAAUUUCUACGAUACAAUAGGUUCAUUAAUAUCGAGAUCUGAGCGAAGGAAUUAUUCUUUGGCAUUUUUUAAUGCCCGUUAUUCAGAUGAUUAGGUCGAAUUUUCUCUAACUUAGAGUAGUGUAGCAACCCUUGGACUUCCGGUACAAGGACUGUCCUUACUGCAUAUGGUACGAAAGACCCUGUUGAGGCGUAAUGUAGUGAA